AUGUUCCAGCUGACAGUCACUCCGGCAAGUGCCCUGGCGGAUGAGCCUGUGCACAUCCAAGCAACGGGCCUGCCCCCACUGCAGAUGGUGACCCUCAUAGCAACCAUGAAGGAUGACAAGGGGAAUCUAUACCGGUCCCGAGCUUUCUACAAGGCUAACGAGGCUGGGGAACUGGACCUGAAGCGAGAUCCUGCCGUGGGAGGCCACUACAUGGGGGUCCAUCCGAUGGGCCUUAUCUGGUCCCUGCAAUCCGAGAGGCCUUUUGCCAGGCUAAUUAAGAGGGAUGUGAUGAACACACCCUUCUGGAUCACUCUGGAUCUAUAUGACUCAGUUUACAUACACAAGGUAGGCGACGUUCAGCCCAAGGCCAGCCAGGUGCUGCAGCGCUGGUUCUCCAGCCCUGACCUGGAGCGGGUGCCCAUCCGAGAAGGUCGAGUGAGGGGAGCCCUGUUCCUGCCUCCAGGGGAAGGCCCAUUCCCAGGACUCCUUGAUUUGUUAGGGGGCGUCGGGGGUCUUGUUGAAUAUCGGGCCAGUCUUUUGGCUGCCCGUGGCUUUGCAGUGCUGGCUUUAGCAUAUUUUGCCUAUGAUGACCUGCCCAAUCAGCUGGAGGAGGUGGACCUGGAAUAUUUUGAGGAGGCUGCCAACUUGCUACUAGCUCAUCCCAAGGUCCAAAAGCCGGGAAUUGGAGUGAUAUCUGUGAGCAAAGGUGCAGAGAUCGGGCUGGCCAUGGCCUGCUACCUCAAGCAGGUGGCAGCCACUGUCUGCAUCAAUGGGACCAACGCCAUCCAUGAAUUUCCGCUCAGGUACAGGGGUCUGGUCAUGGCCCCCAUCCCCUCGCACCCAGAGCGCAUGCAGGUCAAGGUCGAGGGCGCUGUGCGCAUCCGCCACUUCAAGGGCGACCCCGGAGAUGAACGGAAUCAACACAGUGUGCUUCCUGUUGAAAAGGCCCGGGGCCCAAUCCUCUUCGUUGUAGGCGAGGCUGACGAAUGCUUCAAUAGCAAAGAAUACGCUGAGCAGGCGCUGGACCAGCUGCGGAGGCACGGGAAAAGCAGCGGAAGGAUGCUGGCCUACCCUGGGGCGGGCCACCUGCUUGAGCCACACUACGGGCCCUUGUGCUAUAUGUCCUGGAGCCGCGGCCUCUUCCUCCCCAUGCUCUGGGGCGGGGAGCCUGAGGGCCACGCUGCGGCCCAGGAGCACUCCUGGCAAGAGAUCCUGAAAUUCUUCAGGCAACACCUUGUUUUGGGCAGAAGCACACUCUAA